AUCCUUGGGCAGCGAUUGGUGGACUAGGUAGAGGAGAGAACACGCCAACUCAACCAGAAGAUGUGGAAGCGGCGAUAGAGGCUGCGCGACUAGCGAUAGAACCAUUUCCUGGCGUCGGCAAGAAUAUGCGCACCAAGCGACUGGCCGAUCCCUGGGUAGCGGUGGGUGGACUAGGUAGAGGAAAGAACUUGCCAACUCGACCAGACGAUGUGGAAGCGGCGAUGGACGCUGCGCGACUAGUGAUAGCACCACUUCCUGACUUCGGCAAAACCAAACACACCAAGAGACCGCCUGCUCCUCAACUAAGGAAUACCCAGCAACAAAUAUCCAAUCUUGAGGCAGUGCCAGGUACACAUCAUAGAAGAGAGCCCUCGCCGACUCUAUCAGAUACUGCGCCGCUUGAACAAGGCGUCGCCAAAACUAAGCACACCAAGCGGCUACCUGCCCCUCGCCGAAGGGAUGCCCAGGGACAACCAGUCAAUCCUGCCGCAGGUCCGAGCGUACACGGUGGAGGAGAACCUGAGCAGCCUCGACCAGGUGCUGCGGAAGAGAUACCCGGGAUUCUCGGACCAAACGCGUUAAAAUUAAACACACCAAGGGGAGGCCUCUCUCUCAUCUAAGGGAUGAACAGGGACGGCCGGUCAAUCCCGAGGCAGGGCCGAGUGGACAAUGUGGAGAGCCCGACCGGGAACGAUCAGAUACCGAGCAUCUGCCUGAUAA